GUCUACUCUCAGCCUUCGUGCCCUGAUCAAUGGCUCUUAUGUAAGUACGAGCCUCAUCUUCGAACUAGGAGUCGGAGACGUUUCAAUUCUGCCUUACUUGUUCUCGUCUGUCAUGACCUGGAGCAGGAUUCUUUCAUCACCCACCAGCGUAACUCUGCCGGCCUGAUCGACCUCCCAUUACAACCAUGUCCUACGUCGUGCCUAUUCACCGUCCCAGCGGCGUGCGGCAUGCGAUCAAGCUGAACUUUCUGGGACCCGAUGCAGACACACUGAUAGUAGCGAAAGCCAACCGCCUGGAAAUCUACGAGCAAGGCACAGAAGGACUAUCACUAUUAUAUACGAAGACCGUCUAUGGCUAUAUCACGAUCCUCGAACGAUUCCGGCCAUCCUCUUCCAAGACGGAUCAUCUAUUCAUCGGCACGGAUCGCUAUCAGUAUUUCACGUGCUCAUGGGACGCAGACAUCAGACAGCUACGAACUGAGCAGAGUUAUGUCGACCUUGCAGAUAAAGUGCUGCGGGACUCAAGAGAGUUGGAUAGAUGUCACAUCGACCCUACAGGGAGGUUCAUGACAUUGGAGCUAUACGAUGGUGUUGUCACAGUGCUCGCCUUCGUGCAGCCGUCGAACAAGCGCGUUAAAAGAGAAAGUACUUCCAAUACACAAGUGGGCACGUUGGGUGAGCCAGUACAGGUCAGGAUCGAAGAGUUGCUGACCAGAUCGUCUGCGUUCGUGGAAAGCGACGACCCAAAGGAGAAUCCGAAGAUAGCGAUACUAUGGGAAGACAACCAGGAGAACCCACAAUUGAAGUUACGGGAGUUGAAGUACUACCCCGGCGGUGAGCAGGCGACGGCAGAUUUGGAGACGGUUGCUGAGUUGAAUGGCGAUCAACUCGACAAAGGAGUCAGCCAUCUGAUUCCGGUGGCAGCCCCAUACGGAGGCUUCAUCAUUCUUGGAGACCAUACGAUACGCUACGUCGACCGAGAACUACAAAAUGUUAUCGAGGAGCCGCUGGACGACAACGCCACGAUAUGGACGUGUUGGACGAAGAUUGACGACCAACGAUGGUUACUGGCCGAUGAUUUUGGCAGGUUAUUCUUCUUGAUGAUCGAGGUAACCGGAUUCGAGGUGUCAUCAUGGCGGCUGGAUCCCAUUGGCGAAGCAUCGAAAGCUUCAUGCUUGGUCUAUCUAGAUGAGGGUUAUGUCUUUGUGGGCUCCCACUCGGGUGACUCGCAAGUGGUACACAUUGAGGAGGGAGGGGUUCGUGUCGUUCAAACAUUCCCUAAUAUUGCCCCGAUACUGGAUUUUUCGAUCAUGGACCUUGGUAGAGGUAGUGAAGGCGGCCAGUCGCUUGAAUUCUCCUCAGGCCAGGCGCGAAUAGUCGCGGCUUCAGGAGCAUGGCAAGAUGGCACCAUACGGAGCGUAAGAAGCGGAGUUGGCCUGGAAGAGCUGGGCACAAUCGGUGAGCUAUCUCAUGUUACGGAUCUGUGGGGCUUGAGCUCGACAGGACAAAGCGAUGUGCACGACACACUUCUUGUCUCCUUCGUCACCGAGACACGAAUAUUCAGAUUCGACUCCGAAGCUUCAGUCGAAGAGGUGGAGGAGUUCCACCACCUAGAUCUCACCCAGCCGACACUCUACGCGGCAAAUCUUCCUGACAGGAGACUUGUACAAGUAUGUGAGGGCGGGCUGCGGAUCACGGACCUCGAAUCGAGUAUGCUCACACUUGAAUGGAGACCGCCCGAUGCAGCAGCCAAGAUCACAGCUGCAUGUGCAGACUCUGUGCACCUACUCGUGGUGGAAGGCGGUCACACCCUGCACGUAUUCCACGCAGCCAACAGCGAAUCGAAACCCACCAUCUCAAAGACGUUCCCCGCGGAGUCACAAAUGUCUAGCGUUACAGUCCCGGACUCAAACAGCAACGUGUGCAUUGUCUCCUUCUGGCAAACUGCAUCCGUCGCCAUUCUGGACCUACACUCGCUUGAAGUUUUGCAGUCGCAAAGCUUAGGCUCACCUGGUACGGACAUCCCGCGAUCAGUCCUGGUGGCCAACGUCCUGCCAGAUGCUCCACCCAACCUGUUCGUUGCCAUGGCCGACGGCACCGUCCUAUCGUACUCGUUUGACUCGACGAAGAACACGCUGUCGGGAAUGACGAGGAUACUGCUCGGCACAGAACCAGUAUUCUUCAAGCAACUACCCAAGGAUCCCCAGUCAGGCUCGACACUCUCCAACAUUUUCGCAUCGUGUGAACAGCCGUCUUUGAUUUAUUCCUCCGAAGGACGAAUCAUAUACUCAGCCGUCAACGCCGAGAGCGCUUCUCGCGUGUGCAAUUUCAACUCUGAAGCGUACCCGGGUGCGAUCGCCAUCGCAGCCCCGAAAGAGCUCAAGCUCGCGUUGAUCGGCAAGGAGAGGACGACACAGUUGCAAACACUGCUUAUAGGGGAGACAGUCCGGUGUCUUAGUUACGAGCCCACAGCCAAGAUGUUCGCCAUGGGCUGUGUCCGCCGCAUCAUGGAAAGCGGCACAGAAGCGCUGCUCAGCUCGGUCAAGAUUGCCGAUGAGGUCAGCUUCAAGGAGAUCGACUCUAUCGAGCUCGAGGAUAGCGAACUGGUCGAGUGCGUUAUUUCCACUGGCUCUUUCGAGACCGAAAACGAGUCGCAAGACUUCGGCGAGAUGUUCGUGGUAGGCACGAGUAUAUUGGAACAAGAUGAUUUGGGAAUGGAAGACCGCCUAAAGGGUCGAAUCAUCGUCUACGAAGUCAACAAGGAGAGGAAACUCAAGCAGGUGACUCAGAUCAGGGUUAAGGGCGCCUGUCGCAGUCUGGCAAUGUGUGAUGGCAAGAUUGUGGCCGGCUUGGUCAAGACGGUCGUUCUAUAUGGAUUGGUACCGUCAUCGACAAGAGGCGGCCACUCACUUGAACUGUCCAAGUUAGCCACCUACCGCACAUCGACGAACCCGCUUUCCCUGGCAAUCACACCUGCAACGUCAGACACACCCGCACAGAUUGCGGUUGCAGACCUGAUGAAGUCGCUAUCUAUUCUCCAAGUUGUUCCUCCGAACUCUACGAACCCAGAGUACAAACUGCGCGAGACGUCGCGACACUUUGCGACGGUGUGGUCGUCAGCCACCGCAGCCAUCGCGGAGAAUGAAUGGGUGGUAGCCGAUAUGGAGGGCAACCUCAUAACUCUCCGCCAGGGUACUCAGGAUGGCACCGAGGCCGACUACCGCCGCCGUCUGGAAGUUACUGGUGAAUUCCGUCUAGGAGAAGUGGUCAACAAGAUGGUCCCUCUGUCUUCGACACCAGCGCCGUCGCAGCACAAGUCCACAGGCAAAGACACAAAGAUGACGGAUGCCGAUGGUGGUGAGAUUGCCGGCAAACGAAGCCUCGAUCCCAAAAUGCCACGAGUUGGUCCGUUGGUGACACCACGGGCAUUCGCCGCUACGGUCGAAGGAGCUAUCUAUAUGCUCGCGACUAUCAACCCUGCAUACGUCAAUGUGUUGCUGCUUUUGCAAUCGGCGCUGGCCUCUCGUGUCCAAGCUCCGGGGUACAUGCCAUGGACGAAGUUCCGAGCGUGGAAGACCGAAGUCAUGGAGAAAGACGAGCCAUUCCGUGUUGUGGACGGCGAAAUGGUCGAGCAAGGACUUCUGGCGUUGGAUGACCAGCAGCUUGAGACGGUGCUGAGGGAGGGCGGAUUGAUGGAGCAGGCGCUCAAUGUGAGUGUCCAAGAAGCUCGAGCUUGGGGCGAUGAGUUGAGGCGGCUGUACUAGUUUUGUAGCCGCACCGUGUGUAGAAAGAGAAACUGGCACUUGAUAUGGUG